AGGAGGAGGAGGGCAGAGAAGGAGCUCGGCCGCCAUUUUUUUCCCCCGAACAGAACUGAGCAGCAGGCAAGCAACAGCGGGAGCGGCGCCACCGUCGCGGCUGGCCUCUCCUGCCUGGGGGGAAGGCACCGCGGAGCCCGAGGCGGGCGGCGCGGCGGGGUCCUCUGGGCACGCUCUGCGCCCCGCUUCGUUGGAGAGGGACCCUCCUUUGCAGCAGCAGCAGCCGGGGGGAGGAAAAUAGGAGCGCCCCCCCCACCGGCCCCGCUUCUCCUUCGUCGUCCUCCUGCUCUUUCUGCAGGGCGCGGGGGCCGCUGCUGCUGCCCGAAAGGAGACCCCCUCCCCCCCUGCCCGCAAUCCUUCCCUUCCCCAGCCCUUUUCCUGCCCGCCCGCCCUCCUUGCCUGCAUAAGAGCAGGGAGCAGGCGGGCAGGGAAAGGGACGCCGGGGCUGCAACGGAGGAGGAGGAGAGAAAGACCAGGCGAAGACCGAGAGCAGCCGCAGCAGCAGCAGGGAGGAGGAGGAGGAGGAGGAGGAGGGCGCCCGCCCGCCCGCCGGCCCGGGGGGCGAAGAGGACUCUGCCGCGCGCUCCCUCGGCCGCCUUGGCACGCGGCGCCCUUUUGAAAAAAAAAAAUCCCCCCCCCCCCGGAAUUUUUGGCUCUUCUUUUUUUUCGCACCGGGCCGGAUCCGCCCGGACUCUGCUCCGUCACGUGGCUGCCCUCUGGCGAGGCAGUAGAAAACAGCAGAGCUGGCCUCUGCAGUGGGAGAGGUUGGACUUCCCAUCUCUCGGUGCUGAAUGGCUACUAUGGCGCCCGCUCUCACUGACGCAGCAGCUGAAGCUCACCACAUCCGGUUCAAACUGGCUCCCCCGUCCUCCGCCCUGUCUCCUGGUAGUGCCGAGAACAACGGCAACGCCAGCAACAUACUUGUCACCACCAACGGCACCAAAAGGAAAGCUGAGGAUUCCAGCCUAGAUUUUCGAAAUAAUCCUACAAAGGAAGAGCUGGGAAAGCUGCAACCCCUGGUGGCAUCCUACCUCUGUUCGGAUGUAACAUCUGUUCCUUCAAAGGAGUCGUUGAAACUUCAAGGGGUCUUCAACAAACAAACAGUCCUUAAGUCUCACUCUCUGUUAUCUCAGUCCUUCUUGAAAACUAGUGACCUAUUGGGGAGACAACCAGUGUUGGAGUUUUCCUUGGAAAACCUAAAAACCAUGAAUACGAGUAAUCAGACACCUCUGCCGCAAGCACCUGUCAAUGGAUUGGCUAAAAAGUUAGCUAAGAGUAACAGUUCUGAUCAUGAAAACUCUGCUUCACUGAAUGGUGGGAAGCGUGCUGUCCCUUCUGCCACCCUCCAGGAUGUUGAGUCUAACAGACCCGGGGGUUCUGAUUUGGGGGACCUGAAAUCAAGUUUGACCAAUUGCACUCUUCCGCACCGAAACACUGAUGUGAAGCAUCCAGCUCUACUUAGCAAUAAUGGCACUGCAAACAAACGUAACCUAAACCCCUCAGAACGUGGGUUUGAAGGGGGCAGUGGAGAGAACAGGUUGUUGACUUUGUCUGGUAUGCCAGCUCUUGAUGCCUUUGGGAGCUGCAAACCUGAAGAACAGAAGCUCUCGCUACCAAACAACUCCUUCAGUAGCCUGGAUUCAGAUAUGAGAACAAAAGUGUUACUGCGGCGGCAGGUAGACAUUGAAAAUCGUGCUCGCAGGCUACAAAAGCGCUUGCAGGUGGUGCAGGCCAAGCAGGUGGAGCGGCAUAUCCAGCAACAAUUGGGUGGCUUCUUGGAGAAGACUCUGAACAAGUUGCCAGCUUUGGACUCUUUGAGACACCGGAGUCAGCUAAUGCUGACCCGGAAGGCGGAAGCUGCUUUGAGAAAAGCCGCGAGCGAGACGAGUACUUCAGAAGGACUGAGCAGCUUCCUAAAAAGUGAUUCUAUCUCGGAGGAACUGGAGAGGUUUACUGCCAGUGGGAUGGCUAACCUGCGAUCCUGUGAGCAAGCAUUUGACUCUGAUGUUACAGACAGCAGCUCGGGCGGCGAGUCUGAUAUUGAAGAGGAGGAACUGACCAAAGCAGACACUGAACAGCACCAUAUACCACUGAGGCGGCGGUCAGAAUGGCGAUGGGCAGCAGACAGAGCAGCCAUUGUGAGUCGCUGGAACUGGCUUCAGGCGCAUGUCUCAGAUCUGGAGUACCGAAUCCGGCAGCAAACAGAUAUUUACAAGCAGAUUCGAGCGAACAAGGGCCUGAUACUCCUUGGCGAGGCACCUCCCUCCGAACCCACCUCAGGCGACUCAUCCCACGGUCUCAGUGCUGACAUCAAGCUGGAGCCUGGGAGUGAUAGACUGGGCACUUCAGUCUUUCAGCCACCUGAGAACUUUUGUACAUCUGUUGGCAAUACCCAAGAAUCCCUACCUGCCAAAACCUGUGGAGUACCGAGGCCAGUCAAUGGCGUCAUAAACACUCUACAGCCUGGCUUGACGGAGCACGCUCAGGGAGACGGCUCAGAUGCUGAGGAGCUGCUGCGGAAAAAACAGAGGCUCAACCUGGGCUCUUUGCCUCCUGAUGGAACCUGUGUAGCUGCCCGCACCCGCCCUGUCCUCAGCUGCAAGAAGCGGCGACUCGUUCGACCCAGCACCCUGGUACCACUCUCCAAAAAGGUUCAUCGCAAUAGCAUGGGGCGGUGCAAUUGUGAUGUGAACCCCUUAUGUGCUCUGUGUGGCACCCGGAGCUCAGCGCCUCCAGAAAUCCAGUAUGAAGCCCCUUUGAUGGAACGUCUGUCACAGUUGGACUCCUGCAUCCACCCGGUUCUGUCCUUCUCAGAUGAUGUACCAAUGAGCUUGCAUUUCCAGAGCAUGCUGAAAUCCCAACAGCAGAACAAGCCCUGCGAGAAAAUCAAACCUCCCAAAAAGCUCACCCUGAAGCAUCGGCCCACCAUGCCUUCUAGCAGCCUGUCUGACCCGGUGCGCAAGGACCGCCACAAGCUAGUUAAUACUUUCUUAGCUGCAGCCACUUGCUCACAUCACAAAACCGAGCCAGACAAGCCACACAGGCAGUCCUUAGACGAUCUAAGGGCCGCUCCCAAGGCCGAGAGAGCGCCAGAGCGCUCACUUAUCCUGACUCCAGUUCAUGAGCGAAAGCGAUUACGGGACAGCUCCUCCGAGAGAAGCGAAGUGUUGAAGCACCACGUGGAUAUUGGAGGCCCAAGCUACCUGUCAGGCACUUUGGCCUCAUCAGCUCAGAGUCCCAUCGUGCGGCAGCUGUCCACCUCCUCAGAGAACUCCCUGCCUGCCAGCACAAGCACCCUGGGUGCCUCAUGUUCAUCUCAGCAGCCGAGGAGGAGGAGAGGGGAAAGCUCUUUUGACAUUAAUAACAUUGUCAUCCCUAUGUCUGUGGCUGCAACAACCCGUGUAGAAAAACUGCAGUACAAGGAAAUCCUUACACCAAGCUGGCGUGUUGUGGAUGCUGGUGCUGUGAAGGGGAACCCGGACGAAGACAACGAAGAGAUAGAGGACCUGUCGGAUGCCGCCUUUGCCACUCUCCAUGCCAGGUGUGAGGAGAUGGAGCGGGCAAGGUGGCUGUGGAGCACAAGUAUGCCACCUCAGCGGCGGGGCAGCAGGUCUUACAGAUCAUCAGAUGGACGUACAACCCCACAAAUGGGGAACCCAUCUACCCCACAGCCAGCCUCCCCUGAAGUUGGCAACUGCUACACCCACUCUGACUUCUCCCUUGCCCAUUCUCCACGUAGUCCCAUCAGCCCUGACCUGUUCUCUGGUCCACAUGCCUCUCUGUCCCGGGACUCCAUGCGGCAUCUCUCUACAGAGGACACACGAUGUUCCACACCAGAAUCUGGCCUUGAUGAACAGACUGUACAGCCCUGGGAACGACGUAGUUUUCCACUGUCCUACAAUCCCAAGACAGAGUGUGAGGACCAGUCAGAUCCACAGGACCGGUCAUCACGCUGCACACGGCGCACAUCUGGCAGCAAACCUCCCCGAGAGACAGAUGGAGCACCCACCUCACCCACCCUCGCUAGCCUCAAGAACCGGAACCCAGGGGCAGUGGCCACAAUCCAGAGGCCGGCCCACAGAUAAGAGAUGGACAGGAAGAUGAAAGCAAAAAGCAAUCCACCAAACUAACUCUUGGCAUUAAAGCUUCCGAAUCUGCGUUUGAUAUUCAAACAUCCUGCUGGGAAUUUUCACAGUUUUUAGUGAAUUUAAGGAGUUUAGAAACUGUUUUUUUUCCUCUCUCCCCCUUUCUCUUUCAGUGUUUCCUUGUCACAGACACUUUAUCCAGUACUCUGUGGUCUAGUGAGGAGAGCAAACCUGUUGCCCUUUCCCCGAGCUUAUGGUGCAGACUUCUAGAACUGAGUGUGAAGCUGGCUAACUGACCUUAGAAUUUAUUCUUGGGGGAAAGGCUACUGAGGGGGGCGGGGGUCACGCAGUGUCUGUUCUCCUCACUUGCCGCCACCACUCUGUCCGUCUUCUCCUUUUAAGAUUUUGGUGGAGUGAAAUUAGUGGUGAAAAGUGAUGUCUGAAUUCCACCUUCCUCACAAAGUGUUCCACUAGCACCAGAAAGCACUUGCUGUGUUGUUUGGUCCCAAAGCUGCAUUCAAAAGGGAUGGCUUCCCACUCAUGAGCCCCAGCGAGCCCUUGCUCUCCACUUCCUUUAACCCUCUCUGCUGUUCGUUGCCACUUUUGAUACCAUUCGUCCAGUUUAAAGAGGAACUGUUCUGUUUGUGCGAGGAAAAGGCCAUUUCUCUCCAGCAGCCCAGAUAGAAUUUCAGGCAUCAGUUUUCUUUAGAUAGUUUGUGAUUCUGAAAAUGGGUCCAACAUUUCAAAAGGAGCAGGUUUUUUGACCCCUUCUGAUUUUUUUUUGUUAGAUACAGUUUAUAAUCCCGCCUUCCUUUCAUUGUUAACCAUUUACCGUUCAAUUUUGUCCUCUGCUGUUAGUUUAAAAAUUGGAGUUGGUUCUAUACAUCUGCUGCUACUGAAUUGCCAUACAGUAGUGUAAAGCCUUAAAUAGUGGGAGGAAUGUCGUCAAGAUUCAACUACUGGCCACCCUAGACCCAUAAGCCAUAUUUUAGUUAGAGUAGUGUAAUUUCAUUGUGUGUUCUCCCCAUCCCUUUCUCAAGUAAACUGUUGCUUACAGUAAUUCCCCCACCCCCACCCCGUUCUACAGUCGAUCUUGUGAGUCCCUAAAACGUUUUGAGUCGUUCACACAGAGCAAGGUAGGACUUUGUUUUUCACCACUACUGCUUGACUCCACUUCCACACACAAACUCGUUUAAAUGCAGAAGCCACCAUCAGGUUCUUUUCCCCUUUUCUGAGAGUUUCUCAGGCCGACAGUCACCAGGCUCAACAGGUUCUUUUGGUUUUUAUUAUUAUUAUUAUUUUAUUAUUAUUUAAAGAGGCCGCUGCCAUCACCUUCCAUCCCAAGCAGCUCCCAAAUUCUGCACACCGGUCACCCUGUAAUGUUUUUCUGACCCCAGCGGUGUGGCUAUUGGUCCCUGUCCUGUUGUUGCAUUGCGCCUGUCUUCUGUAUUAAUCACAUCACCAAAAAAGGAAAAAAAACCCACAUUUUUUCCCAUUUUGUAAUCGUAAUGAAAUAGUAGCUAAACUGCUUAAUGGUUGGGGUUUUUUCACAAUUUUCAACAUUACCUAAUUUUUUUUUGUUCUGUUCUAGUUUAAUUUCUUUUUAAAAGAGGAAAAAAACCCAAUGCUACCAUAUCCCUCUGCAUUAAGUGCUUUUCUAUUUAUAAAGUUGAAAAUUCUGAAUAACCCUCUUAGCGUUAUAAAGGAAAAAAAUCCACAAAAAAACUUGUAUUUUGUAAAUAUUUCUUUUCCUGCUUCAAGCUGUGUAAUGUCCUUGUUAUAUAGAAACGCUUUUCUUCAGAGAAGCUGAUCUUUGUUUAAUGUCUUGAUUCUGUUGGCCAAAGCACAGAUGUGUGCUUAUAAAAAAAAGGAAAAAAAGGAUUAAAAAAAUUUAAAAGUUAA